AUGCCAGCCAGUCGAAUUAGCCCCCUUCGUCCCUCCAUCCGCCUCUCGCCCGCCCACUCUCGAGAAAAUUCGCGUUCCACCUCGCCCGCUCACCCGGAGUCCAUAUAUCAAAAAAUCGAUCCCUUGCUAGCGAACCUCUCCCCCGAAUCGACCCUCAAUGCCCUCACCUCGACAGAAGCUGUACCUUCAAACGAGAAAUUCUCCCGCGAUGUCCUCUCCCAGAGUAUCUCUCAGGUGUCGCCAGCUGAACGCGCCCUAGGGAUACGCGCCGCGGUAGCCGCCCAGAACCUCAAUAUCUGGUAUAAAGAGGUCCAGACCUGGACAUGGCCGAAACAUGCUGAUGCCAAAGAAGGGAAAGGAUUUGUGCCACCGGUUGAGGCACAGUCGGGGGAUAAUGGUUUAGAGCGGGCUGCUUCGGCCUUGCUGAUGCCCCCUGGCACCAGCGAUAUCCCCUACUAUGGCUGUCUGCCGUCGACGAUAGUGGAGCAAUAUGAACAAAGGAUAGAGGGAAUACGCGACGGAAUGGACAAUUUAAACGUGGAGGAACUCAAAGAGCACGUUUUGAGUGCCCACAUUCCAUCCCGGUCUCGCCCUUCCUCCUCCACAAGCACCGUGUCCGUGCCUCCACCACUCAGCUAUGUGCAACUUAGUGACUUCACGGCUGUCGUGACUGCUACAAUCCUACGCGCAUUGCCCUUUCUAUCUCGCCUCAAUCACCUCUUGACCACCUGGGACGUCCGACUCCUUGUCCUCCGCCAGAUUCCCGGCCUGCUUCGCGAACUCAAAUCCUCUCGAUCCGCCCUGAAUACCUCCUUUCACGCGUUACGAACCUCCGAUCCCUCCGAGAACAGCAAAUCUUUCCUCUCCAGCUCUCAUCUACGCGCCGACCAUGCUCAGCUCGAAUCUGCGGUCGUGUCCGUGGGCAGACGGAUGGAUAGGGUCCUGGAUGCGUUGGAAGGUCGCCAGGACUCUCUACCCGAGAGCUGGAUCGAUGAUCUCGAGGGAAUUGAGGCGGACUUCGCUGCCUGGGUAGUCGAGGUCGACAAAUAUAAGCUUCGCACGGAGUGGCUACGUGCCAAGGAACAACACGAGAGGGAGAUCAGAGAGGCCGAAACCGUCGCGCCUCCCGUUGAAGAGAAGGCCGAUGAGACACCGACUGAAACACAAUCGGAUGAAGCUUUGGUCGAAUCCUUCGAGCCAGAGUCAACACCGGAGCUUCCUCAGAUGGAGACCAUUGAAGAGGAGCCCAAGCUUGAACCCGAUCUCUCAUCAGAGAGUAAUGCCGACGAACAGGAAACAUCCCAGCUGUCACAAGAUUCAGGAUUGUCUGCUGCAGAGAGCGAUUCGACUCUCCCACCCCUCUCUGAGCCGGACACGCCGCCUACUCUUCAUACUCACGACGAACCCGAGCAUGUGCCUCAAGUUGUGUCGUCGUCCGAUUGCGCCAAUGAGGAUGCGAAUACACCAACCCCGACUCAAUCCGUGUUUCCACCACUUUCAUCCAUUGAACCAGAAGGGGAUGUUUCUCCCAAUCAAGUGCCACUCCCAGUGAUACCUAGCGUCGAAAAUAAAGAAAACAUCCCACCCCAUGGCUUUAUACAACGACCUGCGCCGCCAUCUCGGGAAUCAUCCGUCAAGCCUGCUGCGCUCUCGGAGCGCGAGACGGACGAUGACCCUUUCACAACGAGGCCUGCCUCGUCCAGAACGAGUGACUCCGCGGCCACAUCAGAUCUCCUUGUCCCUGUCGAUGUUCCCACAGAAAAUAUCUACCAGGAUACUCCGAAACCAAUUGUGACGGGCCAGAAAAAGAACGCCGACACGAAUAGAGAUGAGAAGGAAGCCCAGGCAACCGAAACAUCUGAUAUUCCCGACCUCCCGUCUGUUCAACCGGCCGUGGUUGCCCGGAUCGAGCAGCCUGAGCAGCCUGAGCAAAUCGUUGCUACAGGUACUCCGGAUAGGCGGUCGAAGGAGGAACCGUCCCUCGCCUUUGCGAUGGAUAAGCCCAGCCUUCACCACACGCCGGUUCACAGCUCUCCAAAGACAACACCGACCCGAAUUCCAGUCUCGACUAUGCUGCACAAGCCUCUCCCACAGCAACCUCGAACCCGGGUCCCAAUAAAUUCCAUCCAAGAGCCGCUCAACGCCGCCGCGAAGCCCUCCCAGCACACACCCCAGAAACAAGCGCCGUCCAAGAAGCCAUUGCAGAGCCCUAUCAAGCUUUCCAAAACCCGGCCUGCUAAGCUCGAUCUCGACAAAGCCGCUGUAAAGCCACGUUAUCGAAGACCAUCUACAGGAUCUAUCGGUUCUCUCCCUUCAAACAACUCCUCUCUGAUCUCUAGCCCGGACGCCCUUGAACCCCAUACCGACUCGUCCAAGGAUGGUCCUCUUCUGACACCUCCUCUCUCCGACUUCCCCCAGCCUCCCUCUUUUCUACCUCGGAGCGACCAUGCAUUGCGAGCUGAUCGUCUUCGUCACCUCGAGAGCCGCAAGGUGUCUCCUCGGACUACUUUCCAAGACAACCGCUCCCUGAGUCUGCCGCUAGAGAGAUUCAUCAAUGAGAAAAUGGACAUUCAAAUGGACCGCGACCCGGUCUCGGCCCCUGCCGGUCGACUGCCGUUGAAGAAAACAUCGAUUCCCCGAGAGCUGCCGGAUCCUUCAACCCUGCCUAUUCCACAGGUGCCUGCUAGAUCAUCUAGUCGACGCCCUGCCCUGACACGCGGGAAAUCUGCCUCCGAUCUUAAGUCCAGCGGCCAAGUCCAGAAGGAGGCCGAGAAGGAAGCGCAGCGCAGUGUACGACCUGCUACAAAGGUCUCUUCCCUGCGCGCGAUUUUCAAUCAGGACCAACCAAAGUCUCUCCGCUUGCGUCAGCGCUUGACAGCUCAUCCCAGCCUGGAAAGCUUGGGUAUGAGACGGCAAGAACUUGAUUACGUGGAGGAGGAUGUAUCGGAACUGGCAGAUGUUGGCUCUCGAGCAUCUACGCCGAAUAGGCCACGGAGAAAACCUAGAGAUCGCCUCGACGAGAAGGUCAACUCGAUUUUGAACACGCUUCCUGGACGGAUCAACCUCGUCGAUCCUAAUAAUGAGGCCGAUACAUCUUCGUCAUCAUCUUCAUUGGACCGAAAGAUGCGAGACAGAUUUCUUUCGGAAUCACCACCUGGGGCACCACCUCGGAGUGCUACCCCCGCACCUUCUUUUUCGCUCAUGCCUGCCACCAGAAGACGCUCACAGGUGUUCAAAUCGGAAGAUAGUUGUGUCAGACUCUAUCACCUCCAACACGCCGGACAAACAGCUCCUACAAAACUGUUCGUCCGUACUGUUGGCGAGGAGAAUCAACGUGUCAUGGUUCGUGUUGGUGGUGGUUGGGCCGAUCUGGGCGAAUAUCUUCGCGAAUAUGUCAUCCAUCACGGUCGCCGAAAGGUUUCCGAAACGCCCCGUGUCGAAGUGCAAGGCUUAACAGCCCGUUCUUCACCUGGUUACUCCACCCCUGGCUCUCUGCUCACCCCGGCCGCACCGGCUCAUAUGACCUCAGGCCGAGCGACUCCAUCUCGCCCCCCGUCCGUCAUGAGCGCCCGACCCGCCUCUUCACUCAAUGUUCGCAAGAUGCGACGGGGAUCCAAUGCAUCGGACAUCGUUGGCACGAGAUCUGUGACCACGAGCGCUCUGGCAUCAUUCACUUCACCUCCAUCUGCCUCCACAGGCCGGCGUCGCCUCUCGGUAUCUUCAAACUACUCAUUUGGCGAUAUCCAUUCUCACUCUCCCGGAAACACAAACUCCCUGGCUCCGGAUUCCCAUGCCACCCCUCUCGGUCUUGCUGGACCCAAACCUCGUGCGCGUCAUGUGUCAAUGAGCCCAGAGGGCGAAGCCUGGGUCGAAGACGUCCUCAACAAAACUCGCCUCUCCAGCUCCACCAACCCUCCUCCUUUCCCACUGGGUGUUGCUCUCAACCAUGAGGUCACCGAGCACCACGAUAUCAGUGAUACCGCUUCCAUUCGCUCUUUGCCCAAGGUCCGCAGUGUUAGUGACAUUGGCUCUGUCGGCACUAGCAGACGCGUCGUGCUCAAGGGCCUGGGUAAUCGCAGGUAA